UUGACAUCCCACCACAGAAACAUUUUCAUCAAUUCAACACAGAGAUGGACGAAGAAAAAGACUUGGAAGAUAGCCACCAGGAGAAAGGGAUGGAAGAGGAGGUGGAGGUGGAGGCAGAGAAACCAGACGCUCAACUAAAGGAAGAGAAGAAGAUCAUGUCUGGCAAGGCCCCCACAAAAUCAGCAGACCAAGGCACUGAAGAAGGUUCCUCAGUGGCAUUCUGUUCACCCCGAGCUCACUAUCCAGAUAAAUACCGAAACAGAGCGGCCGUAAUUCAACUCUUACAGGAGGAAUUACACAAGAGUCAACUUUACCCCUCAGGAAUGGAAGAGGACGUCUGCUUCCCAAUCCUCAUCAAUUUCAUGAGGAAUCUCACUGAUAGGCAGUGGAAGGUGAUUCAGGAGGGCAUGAGAAAUCCUACAACCAAAGUACAACUUGCCAAAAUGUGUAGGAAGAUAGCGAAAACGGUUUCCCACAUUGCGGUAGAGAUCCUCAUCCCGACCCUUGCACAAAUAUUAGAGCUUGAUUCCGCUGGAGAAGCUAGUUCCUCUCCCUCGCUGACUGGAUCAGAGUGCGCCAACAUUUCAAGCAUCCAGGAACAUGUGGUGAAAUUGAAUGAAGAUGGUCUACCUAAGAGGCCUGGCAGUGGAAGGUCCCUGUGCAGUCAAUGGGCAUGGACUCUCUCCCCCUCGGCCACUGAUUUUGAGCAGUCACACAUGGUGACAUUUGAUGACAAAGAUCUAUCCACAAGGCCCAGCAGUGGAAGGUAUCUGUACAGUCAAUGGGUCAAGAGUCCCUACCCCUCAUCCACUGAAUUUGAACAGAGGCUAGAAUUGAUCCGCGGACACAGUUACCACAACAGAGAAUUGAGGACGUGUGACAGUGGCAGACAUUAUUACAGCUCCCACACACCCACUCCACGUUCAUCCACAAGUUCCCAGACGUCGUUGCAGCGGGCACAUCGAGUAGACGCUCGACUGACAGAUCCUCUGAAUUCCCUCUUUGGGAUCACAGAGGCCACAAUUCUCCAAACGCUGGGUGAUCAAUCCUGCUCUUCUGGCUCACCUGGAUUGACCAGAUCUGUGGUCAGAGAUGUCGUGAGUCAGGUGAACUCUGACAUCUCACUGAUCAUCUCCUAUUCCAGCUCAGGUAAAUCAAGUCCAGUGUUGUGUGACACUGGCAGGCGAUAUGCCAUGCAGGCCGCCCAGAAGCUGGUGUCUGUUAUCUGUGCCAAGUUGCGGAGGUUUGGAAUCACUGGACAGGCUGCGCCUCAAGCCAAAACCAAUCCAUCUAAGGAGAAUGUGGACAUUGAGGCUUCUCUUGCACCAUUGACAGGAGAGGUCAUGGCUGUUAUGGUCAACUCCAGAGAAUGCCAGGGAGGAGAGCAAGGAACAAUGGAUGUGCUUCGAGAAAUAACACACAAAGUAAAUGUUUUGGCUUCAAGGGAUAGUGUUGGUCUUCUGGAAGACUCCCUAGCAGAGAAAAACAAUCUGAAAGAGACUGUAUCCUCUGGCAGCUUGGUGAGUCCAAACAUCCUCAUACUUUCACCUUCUGAGAAAAAGCUUGGAUCUCCUGUAAUGACAACCAUUGAGAAAUUCUCCAGUGGUGAAUUGAAGUCAGAAGCCACUAACGCUAUUAGCGAAGUGCUCAUUAGGUCUAGCAGAAGUCUAUCUGCACAAAUGUCUGCUUGCACACCUGAGCAUUUAUGUAAUCUGACCAGUGAAAUAAAUCUGCCAGCUAUGCCAGAACUUCUAACAACUACAAUUAAUGUAGGUUCUGAAGCCUCUGAAAUUAUGGAUUCCUUUCUGAGCGAUAUGACAUGUAUCGCACAAUCAGAUUUCACAAAAAUGAAAGCUCUACCCGCGGCCCUGAACCUUUCUAAAAGGUUGCAGAAUACGCUGAGGGGAUUUUACUCUCGACUUUUGGCCCCUAACAGCUCAGAACGAGACAAAGAGGAGGAUCUAGAGCAAGCUAAAAACAUUUCUGCUCCUACUUUGAUCCAAAGAUCAUUUGGAUCCAACAAGAGUGAGCGUAUGCUUCCAGGGGUCAUAUCACCAGGAGAAGUGGCUCUUCAUAGACAUCAGAGCGAAAGCUCCAGACCUAUGGCUCUUAGCCCUCAGAUCAUUCAGCUUCACCUCGACUCUACCACUAAGGAGGUUGUGAGCACAAUUGUGUCAUGUUACAAGCCAGAAGUUCCUGAGGAAGAAUUGACAUAUCCACAUGAAAAGAUGUCAUCGGAUACGUCCCUUUUGGCAACUGAGUUUGUGGACCAUGUCAUAGCUUGGUUAAAGGUCAUCUCUGCCGCAAGUUCUGCAACUUCUUCAUCAGAGAGUUUGUGCGUUUCUCCAAAUGCAUUCAUUUGCGAACUCUCCAGUGAAACGUUUCAGACACAGGCUGUGAAACGAGUGAAAGAAGUCCUAAUUGAAUCUGUGAGGUGCUUUUCCAACUCAGGAAGUUCCAGCAUAUCAGAGUCCCACACUAGUCGGGUCAGUCAAUCAGAUUUUGGCAUUCAACAGGAUUCCUCCUCAACUUCCUUAAUGAGCAUGGACUCAUCCUCUUUUGGUGUUGUUGCAGCCGUUGUGAAAGACAUGAAGAGCCUGUUGCAGACCACCGAACCAACUGAUAGUCUACAGCCAACUGAUUCUGCCCUUCUACAUGGUACAAGUUAUUCUGAGACAUCAAGCAAGAGCUGGCAAAGUGGUGUUGCCAUUUCUGACUUUAAACUUUGGUCUACAGCACAGACUAUUUAUAGGCACCUGCGGAACAACCUGAGAGAGUUUUUCAUCCGGCAUCAUCAACCAGAUGUAGAAACCACAGAUGCUAUCGUAAUGCAAGCCAAAAAAAGCAGCAGUCAAAUCUUGCUUGCCAUCCAAGAGGAAAUGACCAGAUCGGAGGAAUUGAUGACCUCACGGGAGCUGGUGCAACUCCAUGGCAUUGUGGGAAUGAUGCUGGAGGGAGUGGAGACAGUUUGCAGUGAGGAUGAUACAGAGCAAGAGUGGCAAGAGCUUCAAAGACCUUCAACUUCUUUAUCUACUGCUUCAAAAGGCUCAAGGUCUCAGAGAUUGAACAAUACUCACACUCUCCCAGGAACUACAAUGUCAACUGAGUUACUGGACAGUAGCUUCCCUGUCAUUAGAAACACAUGUAUUGAUGCAAGAGAUGAUAUUGGAUCCGGGGCCUCAUUGAGUGACCUAGAAAAACCCCUGAAUGGUGUGGUGAGCUUCAUCAUUGAACAUCUUGAUCCUGAAGUGAUGCAGCAGAUCACUUCUCCAGACUCUGAUCUAACAUCACUAGAAGAACUUAUCUCAAAGGAGAAGAUUCAGUCAUUGUGCCAUGACCUUGUUGCUCAACUUGAGAGCCUCAUUCGGGAGCAGAACAGCAUCCCACUAAUCAAAUCGGUGGCAGUCGGUAAGUGUGUCUCUGACACAGUUUUGCUUAACCUAGCAAGGAGGGAAAACCAAGUGGGGAAACCCUUCUCCUCCAAACUCAUCUACAUGUUCGCUGAGGAGUUAGUGAAGCAAUUGCUGCUUCCUUUGAUCUUGCCUCCUUCAUUGUGGGGCUUGGAUCAGGAAGCCUCCCUUUACGAUGUUCCGUCGAGCACAUCUAGUCACCGCAGCUCAAGUUCCACUACUUCUCUAGUGACUGUACUUGAUGGUAGUAGCUCUCUGGUGUCUGCUAGUUCUUCACAGGUUUACGAUGACACAGUGAAUCUGUUCACAAGCGCAAUCUGUCAUCAAGUGAUGGACAACAUUUCUGAAGCCUCUAGUCACACAGUGGAGGACAACAUCCAUGACAGAGAGGCAUCCAUCAUUGCUACUGGGUCUGUGGAACAGGCCCAGAGUGAUUCCAGUUCUCCUCGGGCUGUGAAACAAGGCAAAUGGAGGUUCAGAUUCCUCCCCAAGUUUUCCAAGUUCAGACUCAACCUCAAGGACUUGGAAGAUAGCCACCAGGAGAAAGGGAUGGAAGAGGAGGUGGAGGUGGAGGUGGAGGCAGAGAAACCAGACGCUCAACUAAAGGAAGAGAAGAAGAUCAUGUCUGGCAAGGCCCCCACAAAAUCAGCAGACCAAGGCACUGAAGAAGGUUCCUCAGUGGCAUUCUGUUCACCCCGAGCUCACUAUCCAGAUAAAUACCGAAACAGAGCGGCCGUAAUUCAACUCUUACAGGAGGAAUUACGCAAGAGUCAACUUUACCCCUCAGGAAUGGAAGAGGAUGUCUGCUUCCCAGUCCUCAUCAAUUUCAUGAGGAAUCUCACUGAUAGGCAGUGGAAGGUGAUUCAGGAGGGCAUGAGAAAUCCUCAGACAACCAAAGUACAACUUGCCAAAAUGUGUAGGAAGAUAGCGAAAACGGUUUCCCACAUUGCGGUUGAGAUCCUCAUCCCGACCCUUGCACAAAUAUUAGAGCUUGAUUCUGCUGGAGAAGCUAGUUCCUCUCCCUCGCUGACUGGAUCAGAGUGCGCCAACAUUUCAAGCAUCCAGGAACAUGUGGUGAAAUUGAAUGAAGAUGGUCUACCUAAGAGGCCUGGCAGUGGAAGGUCCCUGUGCAGUCAAUGGGCCAGGACUCCCUCGGCCACUGAUUUUGAGCAGUCACACAUGGUGACAUUUGAUGACAAAGAUCUAUCCACAAGGCCCAGCAGUGGAAGGUAUCUGUACAGUCAAUGGGUCAAGAGUCCCUACCCCUCAUCCACUGAAUUUGAACAGAGGCUAGAAUUGAUCCGCGGACACAGUUACCACAACAGAGAAUUGAGGACGUGUGACAGUGGCAGACAUUAUUACAGCUCCCACACACCCACUCCACGUUCAUCCACAAGUUCCCAGACGUCGUUGCAGAGUGCACAUCGAGUAGACGCUCGACUGACAGAUCCUCUGAAUUCCCUCUUUGGGAUCACAGAGGCCACAAUUCUCCAAACGCUGGGUGAUCAAUCCUGCUCUUCUGGCUCACCUGGAUUGACCAGAUCUGUGGUCAGAGAUGUCGUGAGUCAGGUGAACUCUGACAUCUCACUGAUCAUCUCCUAUUCCAGCUCAGGUAAAUCAAGUCCAGUGUUGUGUGACACUGGCAGGCGAUAUGCCAUGCAGGCCGCCCAGAAGCUGGUGUCUGUUAUCUGUGCCAAGUUGCGGAGGUUUGGAAUCACUGGACAGGCUGCGCCUCAAGCCAAAACCAAUCCAUCUAAGGAGAAUGUGGACAUUGAGGCUUCUCUUGCACCAUUGACAGGAGAGGUCAUGGCUGUUAUGGUCAACUCCAGAGAAUGCCAGGGAGGAGAGCAAGGAACAAUGGAUGUGCUUCGAGAAAUAACACACAAAGUAAAUGUUUUGGCUUCAAGGGAUAGUGUUGGUCUUCUGGAAGACUCCCUAGCAGAGAAAAACAAUCUGAAAGAGACUGUAUCCUCUGGCAGCUUGGUGAGUCCAAACAUCCUCAUACUUUCACCUUCUGAGAAAAAGCUUGGAUCUCCUGUAAUGACAACCAUUGAGAAAUUCUCCAGUGGUGAAUUGAAGUCAGAAGCCACUAACGCUAUUAGCGAAGUGCUCAUUAGGUCUAGCAGAAGUCUAUCUGCACAAAUGUCUGCUUGCACACCUGAUAAUUCAUGUAAUCUGGCCAGUGAAAGGAAUCUGCCAGCUAUGCCAGAACUUCUAACAACUACAAUUAAUGUAGGUUCUGAAGCCUCUGAAAUUAUGGAUUCCUUUCUGAGCGAUAUGACAUGUAUCGCACAAUCAGAUUUCACAAAAAUGAAAGCUCUACCCGCGGCCCUUAACCUUUCUAAAAGGUUGCAGAAUACGCUGAGGGGAUUUUACUCUCGACUUUUGGCCCCUAACAGCUCAGAACGAGACAAAGAGGAGGAUCUAGAGCAAGCUAAAAACAUUUCUGCUCCUACUUUGAUCCAAAGGUCAUUUGGAUCCAACAAGAGUGAGCGUAUGCUUCCAGGGGUCAUAUCACCAGGAGAAGUGGCUCUUCAUAGACAUCAGAGCGAAAGCUCCACACCUAUGGCUCUUAGCCCUCAGAUCAUUCAGCUUCACCUCGACUCUACCACUAAGGAGGUUGUGAGCACAAUUGUGUCAUGUUACAAGCCAGAAGUUCCUGAGGAAGAAUUGACAUAUUCACAUGAAAGGAUGUCAUCGGAUACGUCCCUUUUGGCUACUGAGUUUGUGGACCAUGUCAUAGCUUGGUUAAAGGUCAUCUCUGCCGCAAGUUCUGCAACUUCUUCAUCAGAGAGUUUGUGCGUUUCUCCAAAUGCAUUCAUUUGCGAACUCUCCAGUGAAACGUUUCAGACACAGGCUGUGAAACGAGUGAAAGAAGUCCUAAUUGAAUCUGUGAGGUGCUUUUCCAACUCAGGAAGUUCCAGCAUAUCAGAGUCCCACACUAGUCGGGUCAGUCAAUCAGAUUUUGGCAUUCAACAGGAUUCCUCCUCAACUUCCUUAAUGAGCAUGGACUCAUCCUCUUUUGGUGUUGUUGCAGCCGUUGUGAAAGACAUGAAGAGCCUGUUGCAGACCACCGAACCAACUGAUAGUCUACAGCCAACUGAUUCUGCCCUUCUACAUGGUACAAGUUAUUCUGAGACAUCAAGCAAGAGCUGGCAAAGUGGUGUUGCCAUUUCUGACUUUAAACUUUGGUCUACAGCACAGACUAUUUAUAGGCACCUGCGGAACAACCUGAGAGAGUUUUUCAUCCGGCAUCAUCAACCAGAUGUAAAAACCACAGAUGCUAUCAUAAUGCAAGCCAAAAAAAGCAGCAGUCAAAUCUUGCUUGCCAUCCAAGAGGAAAUGACCAGAUCGGAGGAAUUGAUGACCUCACGGGAGCUGGUGCAACUCCAUGGCAUUGUGGGAAUGAUGCUGGAGGGUGUGGAGACAGUUUGCAGUGAGGAUGAUACAGAGCAAGAGUGGCAAGAGCUUCAAAGGCCUUCAACUUCUUUAUCUACUGCUUCAAAAGGCUCAAGGUCUCAGAGAUUGAACAAUACUCACACUCUCCCAGGAACUACAAUGUCAACUGAGUUACUGGACAGUAGCUUCCCUGUCAUUAGAAGCACAUGUAUUGAUGCAAGAGAUGAUAUUGCAUCCGGGGCCUCAUUGAGUGACCUAGGAAAACCCCUGAAUGGUGUGGUGAGCUUCAUCAUUGAACAUCUUGAUCCUGAAGUGAUGCAGCAGAUCACUUCUCCAGACUCUGAUCUAACAUCACUAGAAGAACUUAUCUCAAAGGAGAAGAUUCACUCAUUGUGCCAUGACCUUGUUGCUCAACUUGAGAGCCUCAUUCGGGAGCAGAACAGCAUCCCACUAAUCAAAUCGGUGGCAGUCGGUAAGUGUGUCUCUGACACAGUUUUGCUUAACCUAGCAAGGAGGGAAAACCAAGUGGGGAAACCCUUCUCCUCCAAACUCAUCUACAUGUUCGCUGAGGAGUUAGUGAAGCAAUUGCUGCUUCCUUUGAUCUUGCCUCCUUCAUUGUGGGGCUUGGAUCAGGAAGCCUCCCUUUACGAUGUUCCGUCGAGCACAUCUAGUCACCGCAGCUCAAGUUCCACUACUUCUCUAGUGACUGUACUUGAUGGUAGUAGCUCUCUGGUGUCUGCUAGUUCUUCGCAGGUUUACGAUGACACAGUGAAUCUGUUCACAAGCGCAAUCUGUCAUCAAGUGAUGGACAACAUUUCUGAAGCCUCUAGUCACACAGUGGAGGACAACAUCCAUGACAGAGAGGCAUCCAUCAUUGCUACUGGGUCUGUGGAACAGGCCCAGAGUGAUUCCAGUUCUCCUCGGGCUGUGAAACAAAGCAAAUGGAGGUUCAGAUUCCUCCCCAAGUUUUCCAAGUUCAGACUCAACCUCAAGUGCUUCAGGCGGCGCAACAAAAAGCAGCUACAGCCCUCAGAGGAAGCCCAGGACCAGAUUAAGGUUCCCCAGGAAGAGGAACAUUGCAUAUUACCCAACACAGUGCCAAAGGCUGUCAUGGCUCCACUUCAAGAGAGUUGUCUCUCCACUUCUCAACCCAAGGAGAAGAAACACAAACCCUCCAUCUUUGUCAGGAUGUUCUCGGCCAUCAACAAAUGCUUUUGGAACACCUUAAAAUGUCAAUCUAACCAAUAACAACACUUAAUUCAUCAAAUAAAGAUUUUUCUGCAUUCA